UAACAAAAUGUCAACAAACAGUUAUAACGAGUGCAGACUGAAGUUUUGAUGAUCGUUUUACACACCACAACGCGUGCGUUUCGUUUGCUUGCGCUGACGAACACGCGCUUUAUCGGACCGACAGUUUUAUCGCAGCGUGUGUAUCAUAAUCCAACAACAACAUAUUUAUCACGGAUAAGGUCACCGGGAAUCAGCAUCAGAUCAAUGACUACAGAAAGUGAGGAUGAGGCAGCUAGAGCCAGAAAUAGAUUGUCCAAGGAAAAAUCUCCAUACUUGUUGCAGCAUGCCUCCAACCCAGUUGACUGGUACCCCUGGGGUCAGGAAGCAUUUGACAAGGCUGUGGCUGAGGACAAGAUGAUCUUUUUGUCUGUUGGCUAUUCAACAUGUCACUGGUGCCAUGUGAUGGAGCACGAGUCAUUUGAAAAUGAGGAAAUUGGCAAAAUACUAAAUGAGAAUUAUGUGGCUAUCAAAGUAGACCGAGAGGAACGGCCUGAUGUUGACAGGGUGUAUAUGACCUUUAUACAGGCUACUAGUGGUGGUGGAGGCUGGCCUAUGAGUGUAUGGAUGACCCCAGACAGACAUCCUGUCAUAGGAGGCACCUACUUUCCACCAGAUGACCGAUAUUAUGGCCGCCCAGGAUUCAAAAGUGUGCUGCUUCACAUCGCACAACUGUGGAAGAACAAACGUCAAGAAGUAUUGGAGCAAGGGAAUUCCAUAUUGGAAGCACUUUCUCGAGGGAAGAUCCGUACAGAGGAUGGUGAGGGGAUAUCCCUCCCUGGGGUACAAGCCAUACACACUUGCUUUAGCAUGCUUGACAAGUCUUAUGAUGGUGAAUUUGGAGGAUUCGGAAAAGAAGCCCCAAAGUUUCCACAGCCAGUAAAUUUGAAUUUCAUGCUGCGUUACUAUGCCAACAAUUCGUCCAGUGAGGAGGGUCAGAGAGCCCUAGAACAGUCCCUCUUUACUUUGACCUGUAUGGCCAAGGGAGGCAUUUAUGAUCAUAUAUCACAGGGUUUCCACAGAUACUCAACUGACAAAUUCUGGCAUGUGCCCCACUUUGAAAAGAUGUUGUAUGACCAGGGUCAACUGCUCACCUGCUACAGUGAGGCAUAUCAGAUAACUAAAGACGAACAGUAUGCCAAGGUGGUCAGGAACAUCAUAGAGUAUGUAACUAGGGACCUACAGAACCCAGCAGGGGGAUUCUACAGUGCAGAAGAUGCAGACUCCCUCCCAACACAGGAAGCCACAGCAAAAAAGGAGGGGGCUUUCUGUGUGUGGACUCAAUCACAGGUGGACAGUCUACUGGGGGAGGAGGUCAAAGGUCAUCCAGGUGUGACCUUAGCUAAUGUGUUCUCCCACCAUUUUGGAGUGAAACCUGAAGGAAAUGUGGAUCCAUUCCAGGACCCUCAUGAUGAACUGACCAAUCAGAAUGUUCUGAUAGUACGAGGAUCAGUGACCGACACCGCUGAAAAGUUUGAGUUGACACAGGAUUUAACCAUUGCUACUCUCAACAAGGGUUGUAAUCUACUGUAUGCUGCUAGACAAACCCGACCUAGGCCUCACCUUGACAACAAGAUGGUCGCUGCAUGGAAUGGUAUGAUGAUAUCUGGACUUGCCAAGGCCAGUCAGGCACUCGGAGAGGAAAGAUACACACAGCAAGCUGAGGGUGCAGCCGAGUUCCUCCAGCAGUACAUGUACAGGUCGGGCGUGUUAUUACGUACCAGCUACAGUGGCCAGGACAAGGAGGUACAGGCAGGACCUGUAGACAUUGAGGGAUUCACAGACGAUUAUGCCCUGGUAAUAAAAGCCCUACUAGAUCUGUAUGAAACAAACUUUGAUACCAGGUGGUUGGAAUGGGCAGUAGAACUUCAGGAAAAGCAGAACUCUUUAUUCUGGGACAGUGAGGAUGGAGCUUACUAUAACAGUUGUCAGGCAGACAUUGUACUACGACUAAAGGAUGACCAAGAUGGUGCAGAACCUUGCUCGAAUUCUAUCGCUGCCAGCAACUUACUGCGUCUGUCCAACAUCCUGCAAAGAACAGAUUACAAUGAUAUGGCCGUGAAGAUCUUCAAAGUAUUCCAUCAACGGCUUACAAAGAUCCCUAUCGCACUCCCCGAGAUGACAGCUGGUCUGUUCUGGACUUCUAGUACCACUAAACAGAUAGUACUAGUCGGUGAGCCCUCCUCUGCAGACAUGGCCGCCCUUAUCGGAUGUGUGAACUCUCACUUCCUCCCCAACAAGGUUAUCCUGAUGGUGCCUACCAGAGGCGAUAGUUUCCUGUCAAGGGAGUGCCAGUUUGUCCAUAGUUUGCCACAGAUAGAUGGUAAAGCCACAGCUUAUGUGUGUGAAAAUUACACGUGUUCCUUGCCUGUUACAAAUGUUGACUCACUACAUGCAAUUCUCAACACCAAGUCAAAGUUAUGACACUGUAAUCUAGAUAUACUCAGCAACAUGCAUAGACUUGCUACCAUCCACUCUUUUGCUGGCUUUAUCAUCGGGAUCUUAUAUUGUAGCUGGUGGCUACCUCCGUGAACAAUAGUUCCGUGUAUAUUACAGUACCUGAUGCUGUAUUAUCAGCGUAUAUGUAUGUAAAUUACAGGGUCGAUACAGUCAACUGUACAUGUUGUAACAAAGGAGAGUUUUAUCAUUAGAUGUUGAAUUUAAUGUAUUUAAACCAAUUACCAACAAAACCAUGUGGCAUGAUUCAAGCGCCUAAGAAGAUAUGUUAUACAGAUUAAAUUUUUUUUUUAUAAAAGUGCUAGGCGAAAGUUAUGAUGGCUAGAUAUAUAGCGUACAUAUGUUUUUAUCAUGUGUAAUUAAUUGUUUGUAUUUGAAUCAGGAUCUACAAUCAUAAUGUAUAUAUUGCAGCAGUAAACAAGUGUUGUGCCAGUGUCCAUUGUCAAAAUCAAAGAUGGCCACCUGUCAUCCAUUUUGUUUUCUUGAUCCGACUCUGAAGCUUGAGAAAUGUCCUUACAGCACAGAAACUGUUAAAAUAUAAGAUGGACGUCUUGUUUUUCUGAUCAAACUCAAAAUAGAAUGGCACAACUAAGGACCAAGGGGAAUCUACUCGUGAAGUUUGAGAGAUAUCCUUCCAGUAGUAAUCAAAAAGAGAGAUAACAAAAUUCAGUUAUCAAAAUCGGAGAUGGCCACCUGUUAGCCAUUGUUUUCCUGAAAUUAAAAGGAAAAACAUGGGAACAAGGGACUUUUACAAAUGAAAUCUGAGAAAGAUCUAUUGAGUACUUCUAAAGAAAUAUUGAGAACAAAUUUUUAUUUUCAAAAUCCAAAAUCCCAAAAUCAAAAGGACACAACUAUGAACCUGAUGAUGGUGGGGUGAUAAAAUUUGCAGGAAGAUCUUUAUUCGUAAAUGUUAGUCUAAGAAAUGGAUACUAUCAUGUUUAUAUGAAUGGACCUUGGUAUAUCCUCAUUGGGUAUAGAAUUUGACAUUUCAGUGAGUACACUCUGUUGCCUUCAUCGACUAAUGACCAUUGUAUCAAUGUACUCCGCAGUGUUAAAUGUACGAGAUUGUAAUAAAAUAAACAGCUUUGUACAUAGAUUAAACUGAGGUGGCAAACAGAAUACAUGUUGAUUUUCUCCGAGAAAUCAAUUCGUCUACUUUGUGUAGAAGUUGAUUCAA